CAUGUGCCUGGACAUUUCCCUGGGGAUUAUUGAUUCCUUGAUGUUCAGUGAACUGUUCUGGAGUCUGGAGUUUCCCCAGAAGGAGCUGUUCCAGGCUUUGAAGUUGCUUCUAUAGGUGCUGGAUUUUCUCACCCAAGGGUAUUUGGGGGGAUGUUGCAUUUCAAGCUUGUUGGGUCUCUCCUUGAAGAGGGGGUGGCACAGGCAAUAGGUCUUUUCCUUCCCACCUCUAUUUCAUAACCAGAAGAGUCUAUAGAGUGGGGUGGUUUGGUCAACCUUCCUGGGGUCCUCUUGCCUCUACUUGUCCUGGGUGGAGCUACAGGGUUGGGGGAACUUCUUUGUCGGGUUAGGGAGAUUACAGGACAAGUUCCUCCCCCACUCACCAGCAGGGACCUGUAUGGGGAGCUGAUGAUGGCCAGGCUUCAUGAAGAUCAACAUUUCUCAUCCUUGGUUGGUUUCAGGGACACAGCUCUGUCAAGGAAACUGAUUUUCAUUUUUCAUUCCUUUUUUCUUCCCUGACUUGGAGAGUAAUUAAGAUCUGCAAAGGCAACUCAAAGGAAAACUCAAGGGAGUGUGGUUUCAGCAGAGUAAUUCCUCUGGAUGAGGUGUGACUAAUACUUUUCAUCUUCAACAUUACCAGUUCAUGUUGGUUGAUAAUAAUAAUGAAGAUGAGAAAAAUCAUUGGACUAUUUCACUCUCUGGACUCAGGCUGCCUGUCACUCAGUAACGUCAAUCCGGGCAGGUUCACUCAUUCAAAAGACACCUCAGCACCCCCAAUUCCAACCAACAAAACAGGCAAGAAUCCCUGAUCAUGGGAAGCUUGCAUCCUGGAAGACAAGCGAAAUGCAUAGUAUGGAGCAAGCUGAUCGAUCGGCGCUAUGGAGAAAAAUAAGAUCUUCAUAAACAAUGAGUGGCAUGAUUCUGUCAGCAAGAAAACUUUCCCCACCAUCAAUCCAUCCACUGGGGAUGUCAUCUGUCAUGUAGCUGAAGGGGACAAGGAAGACGUGGACAGGGCAGUGAAGGCUGCCCGGGCUGCAUUCCAGCUGGGCUCGCCCUGGCGCCGCAUGGAUGCGUCCAAAAGGGGCUGGCUGCUGAACCGCCUGGCUGAUCUGAUAGAGCGGGACCGGACCUACCUGGCAGCCUUGGAGACCCUGGACAACGGCAAGCCCUAUGUCAUUUCCUACCUGGUAGAUCUGGACAUGGUUCUCAGAUGUCUCCGUUACUAUGCCGGCUGGGCUGAUAAGUACCACGGGAAAACCAUUCCCAUCGAUGGGGACUACUUCAGCUACACCCGCCAUGAACCUGUGGGAGUGUGCGGGCAGAUCAUCCCGUGGAACUUCCCGCUCUUGAUGCAAGCAUGGAAACUGGGCCCAGCCUUGGCGACUGGAAACGUGGUUGUGAUGAAGGUGGCUGAGCAGACUCCACUCACUGCCCUCUAUGUGGCCAACUUGAUUAAGGAGGCCGGCUUUCCUCCUGGCGUGGUCAAUAUCAUACCUGGAUUUGGCCCCACAGCUGGGGCUGCCGUUGCCUCCCAUGAGGAUGUGGACAAAGUGGCCUUCACAGGCUCCACUGAGGUUGGCCACCUAAUCCAGACUGCUGCAGGGAACAGUAACCUCAAGAGAGUGACCCUGGAGCUAGGAGGAAAGAGUCCCAAUAUCAUAUUAUCAGAUGCUGACAUGGACUGGGCUGUGGAGCAGGCCCACUUCGCCCUAUUCUUCAACCAGGGCCAGUGCUGCUGUGCAGGCUCCCGGACCUUUGUGCAGGAGGACAUUUACGCCAAUUUUGUGGAGCGGAGUGUUGCCCGGGCCAGGUCUCGUGUGGUCGGGAACCCCUUUGACAGCCGGACUGAGCAGGGGCCGCAGGUGGAUGAAACUCAGUUUAAGAAGGUCCUUGGCUACAUCAAAUCUGGGAAGGAGGAGGGGGCGAAGCUGCUGUGUGGUGGAGGGGUGGCUGCUGACCGUGGCUACUUCAUCCAGCCCACCGUGUUUGGAGACGUGCAGGAUGGCAUGACCAUCGCAAAGGAGGAGAUCUUUGGGCCAGUGAUGCAGAUUCUGAAGUUCAAGACCAUAGAGGAAGUCAUUGAGAGAGCCAACAAUUCCAAGUACGGGCUGGCUGCAGCUGUCUUCACAAAGGACUUGGACAAGGCCAAUUAUCUGUCCCAAGCCCUCCAGGCUGGCACCGUGUGGGUCAACUGCUAUGAUGUGUUUGGGGCCCAGUCACCGUUUGGAGGCUACAAGCUGUCUGGGAGCGGCCGGGAGCUGGGAGAGUAUGGGCUGCAGGCAUACACUGAAGUGAAAACUGUCACAGUCAAAGUUCCUCAGAAGAACUCAUAAAGAACCAUGCUGGCUUUCUUACUCAUCCAGUGAUGGAAAGUUCAAGGAGAUAAGCAACAAAACCAAGAAAAAUGACUGUUGCAUGCUAAAGGUCUCAAAAGAGAAAUUCCGCCAGAAAAAUCUCUUGGAUCAAGAAAGUUCCAGAGUUUGAAUCAAUAAAUAGGGUGGGUGUGGGGCAAAGGGUAUAUGGAAAGCCUUUUAAACUGCAACAAUACUAGUAGCUUUCAGGGUGAUUUUUCAAAGAUAGAUUCAAAUAUCUCAUCCUGUCCAUCUGAAACACUUCUGUAACUUGCCUUAAUGGGGGAAGAAAAAGCCAUUGUUUACCACUGUUCCAUCUUUGAAGUAGCAACUAGCACCUUGCUUUGUAUUCUGGACUAAAACUCAUUAAAAACAGUGCUGCUCUUCA